GCGUGCAGACGCCGAGCGUCACUGACUGUGUCAGACAGCCUGGGAGUGAGCAGAGGGAAAGGACGUGUUUGGGAGGCGGUGUGUGUGGGAGGCGGUGUGUGUGUACCCGGCCAAAUCUUCGACCUGAUACUUCCAGACCCCCUUCUCUUCCUCCAACAACAACCAGAUCUUCAAUCUCAAACAUUUUACUGCACCCUUCACCCCUCCAAACCCAAUCUCUGCACCACUUCUGACGUCUUGACAUAUAUAAUUAAAAACACAGAGCAUGUCGAACGCCCUGAGAGUUAUCCUGCUGUGCGCCACUUUUACUCUGUUGACAGGACAAGUUUUAGGUGGUAGUGAUGACUUUGACCUCUUUGAUGCUAUCUCUGACGACGUCACUCCAAAGCCAACUCCUGCCAAACCUCACAAUCCUUCAGGUGGGAAAGAUUCAGGUGAUUUUAACAUAUGGGAUUUGCUUCAAACGACUCCUCCUUCUCGUAAAACCCCAAAGUCACCCAAAGCCACCAAAAAAACACCAAAGAAGGGAAACUCAGGUAAAUCAGACCCGAAUGAUUUUGGCCUUGAUUUUGACCUGUCGGAUGCUAUUGAUGACAGGAAUGACAACCACGGCAAAGGAGGUAAAGAUGACUCAGAUCAUCCUUCUGUUCCAGGCUCCAAAGGAAAUGACAAACCUAAAGGAGGUAAAAGAAUGGGUACCUCGAACAUCUCAGAUAAAGACCUGGAAGAUCUAUUGGGCGGUGGAGACUAUAAACCAGAUAAGAAAAAUUCAGGUGGCAACGUACCUCCCAGUGACCAGGAUCAGGUGGCUAUGCCUGAAACCACGAUAGCUGGAAUCGCCAGUGCUAUAGGAGCAGCUUUGUUGGGUGCUGUAUCCAGUUACAUUGCCUACCAGAAGAAGCAGUUAUGUUUUAAAAUACAAGGGAGUCUUAAUCAACAAUAUGUAAAAGGAGAAAAUGCUGAAGCUGGAGCAAUGUCUGAGCCUCAAGCUGAACGGAGCCUCCUUCAGACACAGUCAGAGAAGCCCCCUGCAGACAACAUCAAUCAGGUCUAGAUUGGGGCACUGGACAUUACAGCCUUUGCCUUGACGCCAACUUCAGCUUAAACUGGCUUUUAUUUUAUUUCAGACAAAAGUUAUUUAAUGGAGGAUGAUUCUUUUGAACCUUGGACUCAUCCUUUAAGUGUGUGUUCAACUCAGUAUGGUGCAAUGGUUAGAGUAGGUCAGCUCAUUGGCUCAAUAGUAGCUUAGAUCCUGCCAGCAAGAAAUGAACAAAGUUAAAGUAUUUGAGUAAUUCACUGGAAAUUACUACUUGGACUAAGCAUGUAGUUCAGAGAUUCUUUUCAUGGUGCUUUUAUAAAAAAUGAAAUUUAAUAUUUGAAGCAGUUGACUAGGGGGUGCAUGCAGGUAGAUCUGUUAGUACUAUUCUGUCAAACAGCUUGUUCUGUCUAUACCAAAGAUUGUUGCAGAAUGAAGAAUGCGAUAUGUUUGGUUCAGACAGCAGUAUGUCCUUGCCCAUUUCCAUCAUUUAGAAGUGCAGCAUGUAAUUAAAUAACGACAACUAAACAAAACCAUGCUUUUCUCCUUUAAUUAAUGUAGUGCUGAUUGGAGAAAGCAGCAAGAACAUAAUUUGAAUAUCCCAACAUUGUGUUUGUAUCUCUGGAAGACUUAAUACAGUACAGGUCGUUCUGUUAUAACGCUCAUUUUGUUAACACACAAAUUCACUGUAACGCGAUAGACAAAUUGGAGACUGUUUCUAAAGCACAAACUUUUAAAGCGUGUACUGGUUAUAGUGCGAUUCUGGCCCCAUCAAUUUAAAUAGUGCUUCUAUUUUCUGACAACAUUUUCUUACAACAUGGGAUUGCACAAGAACAGAACUACUGCAUUAAAGCAGAACUGACUAUAUUCCUACUUUAAUGUGCAAAUCUUGUCAAAUAUUUAGAUCAGUUUAUCCUGUCCAGUGGUAACAAAACUUUACAAACUGGAUUGUGGGAGUUGAUGGAAGAUUGGCUGGAGAAUCUGAAAAUUACAUUUGUUGUGUUGGAUACAGGGUUGUGUUGCCUGAUGCUAUCUACUUGCCUACCAGUUAACAAUCAGUAGUCUCUGCCAGCAAUACUGCUUCAAAUUUUACACAGUCAGGAUACUUUUUGGAGAGGCUAGUGCAUCAAUGCAGGUGUCUUGUUUACGUUUUGUUUUAAGAUUGCAAUCUGUAUCUAAUUCCACAAAAGUCCGUGUUACUGGUUAGACACCUUGCCUUGAUCAGAGCCUGUGGCUGACUUUCACUCGUUAAGGCCAUAAACCCCACACACAACAAAACCGUUUAAUGUGUCCUCUGGCAUCUCAUCUGUGUUACUUGUGCUUUGUUGAACGCAGAAAAUUCUUUAUUAAAAAUUUAUUUCUGGUGCACACACUUGAAGUCUCACACUUCUUGUUGUGAUAGUUUAGCAUAUCUUUAAAUUCCUUUUCAUCAAUACCAUUUAUUACUGUCAACAAAAGAAACAGCCCAAUACUGGCCCAUGGUUAGAAAUGUACAAGUUGUCCCCAAAUAUACUUUGACCUUAGCAGUUACAAUGACCUGAUAUCUCAACAUAGACCAGCCUUGCUCCAAAGCCUAAGGCUACCCAUCAGCAGCACAAAAGAGACUAGCUCAGUUAAAUAGUAAGAGUUCUGAAAGAAUCAUGAGACUCAAAUGUUAACUUUGUUUUUGCACCCACAGCUGCUACCAGCAUUACUUGAGUUUCUCCAACAUUCUCAGUUUGUUUCAAUUUCCAGAGCCUGGCGUUUUUUGCAUUUUUUCAGUAUGUUUGAUGGCUAGCAUCAUAAAAAUAGUGAUAUUACUUGUAAAAGCUAACUUUUGUUUCUAAAUCCGUUAGCAUUGAAAAAGGCCCUUCUGUACAAAUAGACAGUGAAAGCAGGUGCCUUCUCUAUAAAAUCUUAGUUUCCCACUAAUAAAGAAUGAAAAUCAAUCUUGCAGCUGUUGCAUGGACGACAUCUGUUUCAGAUACUCACUCCAAUUGGAACAAAGGGAUGGCUGAGAGCUUGCCUAAUGCACUGACUGCUCUGCUUGAUGCUGGCUGUGGGCAAGCUUUUACAGGAAUGGUGUUGGUGUAUCAUCUGUAAAUGUUCACCGUCUUAUUUGCAGCAUUGUGCCUUGCUGUCACUAGCACACCCAGCAAAAAGUGAGAAAGUAACUUAGUCUGGGCUGAAUACCAAGUGUGCAAAUUCCUCAAGAUCCGACAUCACCGACAUUUUCAGCAUCACUGGCCAUCUGGUUGCCAUAUUUAAACAGUGCCUGGAAAAUACUGUGUGCAGUCUUUGCUCUUUGUUAGUGUGAUGUUGAGCUUGGCCAUUUUAAAUAAAGCAGCAGCUGUUUUCAAUUUGAAAAUAGCAGCAUCUUGAAAGGACAAUAUUUCAGGCAAUUCUGGAAAAAUGACUUUUAGUCUCCCACCCAUCCCUGUCAUGUCCUGAGCCUUACUCACUGGGAAUACAUCCAGCAAUGCAGCCAAAUUGUUAAUUGCCAAAUGUAAGUUGGCAUCUAAAACCUUGAGAGAUAUGUAACAGAUGCCAAUUGCCCAGUUUCUGGCUGAUCGUUGUGGGAAGAUAACCGAAGGGUCUGUUUCCGUGCUCUGACUCUAUAAUUAAUCAGUCAAUGUUGCAUUUAUGUAGCUUCACACCCUCACGCAGUGCUCAGGUCUAUUGCUCCAUUUUCCAAUCUCCCUCUCCCUUCCUGGGUAAUGUCCAGUUCCUCACUCUGACAGCAAUUACUCACUCAAAUGUUUAUCUGUAACAGUGAGCGAAAGGAGACUUGUCCUUCAGGAGUCUAAAAAUUUGCAGUUAAGCCCAAUACAGCAUGGAAAUUGUCAGGGACGAGAACAGAUUAACCCUAACCCUGUACCUCACCCAGCGUGAGACCAAUUGCAGUAACAGUACUGUCACAAAUGGCUGUGUAGAAAUUACAACAGGGCGUUGGGGGGUAGGGUUUGAUGCAAAUUCAGCAGGUUCGCUAAAACCUCUGAGUAUAAAAGACCAUGGACCGCCUGCUUUGAUUUUCAGCCAAACUAAAAGGUCCAGGGAAUGCCAACAAAUUUUUUAUUCUUCAAAACCGGAACUGUAACCAAACGAAUUAACUUUUAACUGAUUGAUUUAAGGUCAACUGAAAAGGACACUAGUAUCUCCCAUUGCGAAGCCACUUCUCAGAUAGUGCUCUGAAAGCUUCAAGAUCCAAUUCUCCAUUGACCACCUUCACUGUGGUCAGGAACUGUCAUGGCUGAGGUCUGACCCCUGGGGGAAUGUACACAGAAACAGGAAUAUUUCACAGAACUGAUCUGAUCUUGAGUUGAUCACUUAACUCAGGCCAGGAUAACAACAUUUAAAAGGCAUCUGGAUGGGUUUAUGAACAGCAAGUUUCCCCUGCAUGACACUGACUUUCAUCACUCCCCUAUUGACUGCCAUGCCUUGAACUGUCUGAAUCUUAAACCAUGGUUUCCCUCCCUAAACCUCUCCACCUCCAUCCUCUUGGAUGGAUAUGAGCCAAAUGCUGGCAAAUGGGACUAGACUAAUUUAGGAUGUCUGGUCAGCAUGGAUGAGUUGAACCGAAUGUCUAUUUCCGUGCUGUGUUACUCUGUGACUCUAUGUGAUUGAUCGUGUUUCUGAAUGUGUGUGUCCAUGUGUCAACAGGGAUAGUUCUGUAUGUGAAACUUUGGUGGGCUGACUAUAGUUAAUCCUAAAAUGUAAUAAACCAUUGAGAGAAAACUUGCAUUUAUAUAUACACACAAACAAACCUUAUAUAUUUGUUAUGCAUGUUAAAGACAAGUUUUUAGUUUUAGUUUGCUGACAAGCAAUUCAGAUGUUCUGCGUGGGAAAGAUGCUGCACCAUAUGCGUGACAUGACAUGGGCAUAAUUGGGAAUCCAUUCACACAGGGUCAGCUUUCCAGUGGAUGCCCCACUCCUGUGUCUUCCACCAUCCUCAAACAUCAGCAAGACCUUGGUUACAACUGCUCUAGGACAUCUACCACCAAGCCAUUGCAAAAACAUACUUUUGUGGAUUUGUCAGUUCUGUCCAUUUUUUAGUUUGGGUGUAAUCUGAGAUUGUAGGAUAUUUGGGUGUAAUUUGACAUCAGGCCAAUAAGCCCAAAUUCAGUGCAACUUUUAAGACAUGCCCAAGGAAGACACACCAGGCCCAUCACCAAAAUGACAGUCCUUCAAGACAUUUUACCUCCUUCGCAUGUGCAUUUCUCUAGGUUCCCCUGCAUGAUACUGAUUUUCAUCACUCCCCUAUUGACUGCCAUGCCUUGAACUGUCUGGAUCUUAAAUUGUGGUUUCCCUCCCUAAACCUUUCCACCUCCAUCCUCUUUUAGGACACUCCUUGAAACUGGCUUUUUGCCAUGUUGGUUAUCUUUUGGUUAUGCAGCUUGGUACUAAAAUUCAUUAUACACUCUGUGAGGUGUCUUGCAUAAAGGAAACCAAUAGAAGCAAGCUGAUAUUGAGUACAGCAUGCACGAUUUGAAUACACAGGAAUCCCUAAGAAAUGUACAAUGCAACUCUCAAUGAUGACUAUGGCAACACAUUUCAGAAGUGAAGGGGUGGUGGGGGGGAGGUGUGUGUGUGUUUGUGCCCCAGGUCACGGCCGUUGACCAUGGGGGGGAAAAUGGGACAUUAUGGGAGCUGGAUCGUAAGUACAUACACAUGUAAAGUCGUGCUGCUUGUCCAUGUUUGAUGUGAACCUUUACCACGGAUUUUUCUUUAUGUGGCUUUUACGUAUCAAAAGAAAACAAUGAAAUGCCCAUGUUUACAUACCUUGGUGUUUCCUUUUAGAUGUUGACUUGUUUAGGCUGUAGUUUCUAGUCGUGCCACAAUUGUUACUUAUACAAGAAUGACAAAUAAUCCUCCAAUCGGAAAUACAUCGGCAGCGAUGCAAAGCUAAACCUAUUGGACAUCCAAUGGUUGAUGUGGAAUGUUUAUGCAGUGUCAGCUCAUAAAUGAAACUAUAAUUGAACCCUUAGAAUUCAUGCAUUAUUUUCACGUAUAAAAUUGGGUAAGUUUUAGUGAAAUUGGUCAAGAGCAAAGAUUGGCGAGAGAGAAAAUGAUGUGUUCUGAUACACAAAGGUGCGAUUUUCCAAAAACGUAAUAAGACGCAACAUUGGACAAAGCGAACGCAAGAUUUUUGAAUGGAUAAUCAACUGUUAAUCGAGUAACCAAGAGUAAAAACAAAACACUGCAUAAAUAGUCCCAAAGCUUUUGUGUGAUUGCUUUUUAUUGUGGAAGCUAUUGUAAUAAAUGAAAUUAUAGAUCAGUGUUAACAAACCAGUUCCAGAUUUGAUCUUUCUAAUAGAUGAUGACAUUUUGGCUGGAAUAUAGCUAUCUCAUGUAAUUCUAGAUGAGCUGUGACUUAGAUUUUGAUGCUCAACAUGAUUUACUAUCACAGUCAAUUAAACUUUAUACCUCAGUGACUCAACAAUAGAACUGUAACCAAAUUGAAAGCACGGAAUAAACUUGUAUAUUAACUCAG